GCACUCGGUGUCACGACGGGAGGAGACUCAGGCCGGCCGCCCUCCCGCUCCCACCCCCACUCCCCGGCUCGUCGCGGCGCUCGGAACCCCCUCCCCAGCGCCCCCAGCCGCGGGGCCGCUCGCCCAGACUCGCACCAAACUUUUCCGCCUCGGGCUCAGGACCCUGGACUCUGGGCCUCCCUGCCCGCCCCUUUCCUUGGUUCCAUCUCGAGCCUCUCUCUGGACUAGGAGCGAGCAGCCCCCCUCUCCGUGUCCCUCCCUCUCUCUCCAGCCUUUUUGGGGAGGGGCUCCCCAAGCUCGGGGGAGUUGCUGGGGGUCACCAGCGCAGCGCUCGUCUUUCUAUUUUGCCUUCACCUGGAAUAUAAUUUCCGAGCGAAGCUGCUCGAAGGAUGACCACGCUGGCCGGAGCUGUGCCUAGGAUGAUGCGGCCGGGCCCGGGGCAAAACUACCCGCGCAGCGGGUUCCCUCUGGAAGUGUCCACUCCCCUCGGCCAGGGCCGGGUCAACCAGCUCGGCGGUGUAUUUAUCAAUGGCAGGCCACUACCCAACCACAUCCGCCACAAGAUUGUGGAGAUGGCCCACCAUGGCAUCCGGCCCUGCGUCAUCUCCCGCCAGUUGCGCGUGUCCCACGGCUGCGUCUCUAAGAUCUUGUGCAGGUAUCAGGAGACGGGCUCCAUCCGUCCCGGUGCCAUCGGUGGCAGCAAGCCCAAGCAGGUGACAACGCCUGACGUGGAGAAGAAAAUUGAGGAAUACAAAAGAGAGAACCCUGGCAUGUUCAGCUGGGAAAUUCGAGACAAAUUACUCAAGGAUGCAGUCUGUGAUCGAAACACCGUACCCUCAGUGAGUUCCAUCAGCCGCAUCCUGAGGAGUAAAUUCGGGAAAGGCGAAGAGGAGGAGACCGACCUGGAGAGGAAGGAGGCAGAGGAGAGCGAGAAGAAGGCGAAACACAGCAUCGACGGCAUCCUGCAUCCAGGGCUGGGCAUCUCUGAGCGCUUGGGGGGCUGGAGACUGUCCGUUGAACCUCUAGAGGUUAAAGGAACUUUUGCGCCCUUAGGAAAGGCGCUGAUCUCCAAAGAGUUUCCUGCAUCAGAAGAGUGA